UCCAAAAAAGUUACCUAAAGAUUAGAUAGGAUUUUGCAUUUUUGGUAAUGUUUUGGACUUCAAAAAGAGGUGUAAAACACUAAAAACAACACCCCCUUCCAUUCCCUCUCUCACUCACUUUCUCUCUCCUCUUUUCUUCCUCACCGUCGUACAUGGCUGCAUAAACUCCCCCUUCUCUCGCCGGAAACCACCGUCUUAAACCCCUCAAUUAACAAUUUCCGGCUACAAUACUAUUACUCCCUUCAAAUGGCAGAAAACGACGUCGUUCGAUUCCCCGGUAAUUUAGACCCUUCUGCUCAAGAGUUCCGCCCCACUUUUAUACCCCACCACCACAACUUCCCCUUCUCUCCUCCGCCGCAACAACCACCUUUCUUCCCGGAGUUUCUUUACUCACCUCCUCCGCCGCCGCAACAUCCGCCGCUAUCAUACAUGACACCGGCGUUACUCCCGCCGUCAAUCCCUCCGCCGGCGUCUACUCCGACGAGAGCGCUCCUUCUGACCGCCGUCCCCCCUGACGUCAGCGAAUCAAUCGUACGACGUGAGCUAGAGAUAUUUGGUGACGUAAGAGCCGUUCAGAUGGGACGAGUCUCGGAAGGAAUUGUGACCGUCCAUUUUUAUGAUCUUAGGGCUGCGCAUGCAGCGCUUGACGCCGUACGUGAGCAGCACAUGCAGCAUCAGAAUCGGCUCCGACUCCAUUACUCGUCUAUUUUGGCGCGAACCAACUCCGGGCCCUUUGUGGGCCCACCUCCGACCCCACCUCCCUCUCCUGGGCUCAUCUCGGGCCGGGCCGUCUGGGCCCAGUUCACUAUCCCCGCUACCAAUGCCUUCCCUGAUGGUCAAAAUCAGGGCACUCUCGUCGUUUUCAAUCUCAACCCCACUGUUUCCGCUCUCACCCUCAAAAACAUCUUCCAAUCUUUUGGGGCAGUGAAGGAAUUGAGGGAGACGCCAAUGAAGAGGCAGCAGAGAUUCGUGGAGUUCUACGACGUUCGAGAUGCAUCUAGAGCGUUGGUUGAGAUGAAUGGCAAAGAAAUCAACGGUCGAAGUGUCAUGAUUGAAUUCAGUAGACCUGGUGGACAUUCAAACAAGAAAUUCAAUAAUCAUCAUUUUACUCACCAUUUUAAUCAAUCUCCUAAUCUCAAUUACCACCAACAACACCUUAUCAAACAACCAAUUUCUUCUCCGUCACCACCAUCGUCUCUUUUUCCUCUCCGUAACCGCCGAACAUCCCCUAAACAGAAUGUUCGACGGCGGAGAAGCUCACCAAUGAGCAGCGAAGAAUCACUCGAUGUUGCAAUGACUGGCCUCACAUUGCGAGGCAAUGCUGGCAACACUAAACCCAAUGCUAUUAGGAAAGGAGGCAAGAAUGGGAAUUGUUCGAGUUCGGGUUCGAGUUUGACUACAAGCACAAAGCAACAACCCCAACAAGGGCAAUCGUCCACGGGUGGUUCGAAGGCGAAGCCGUGGAAAGGUAGACAAAAGAACUUUGAUCCGAGGUUUCUGAUAAAAGAGGAGGCAAUUGUUGACGAUGAAAGUGGAUGUAAAGAUACUAGGACCACUAUUAUGAUCAAGAACAUUCCCAACAAGUAUAGUCAGAAGCUGGUGUUGAAUAUGUUAGACAACCACUGUAUACACUGCAAUGAACAGAUUGCAGUUGCUGGAGAUAAUCAGCCCUUGUCUUCCUACGAUUUCGUCUAUCUUCCAAUCGAUUUCAACAACAAAUGCAAUGUUGGAUAUGGGUUUGUCAACAUGACUUCCCCAGAAGCUACUUUGAGGUUAUACAAGUCAUUUCAUCAUCAACAUUGGGAAGUUUUCAAUUCUCGAAAGAUUUGUGAAGUCACUUAUGCUCGAGUUCAGGGUUUGGAAGCACUGAAGGAGCAUUUCAAGAACUCAAAAUUCGCGUGCGAGAACGACGAGUAUCUUCCCGUGGUAUUCACCCCGCCUCGAGACGGGCAGAACUUGACCGAUCCGCUCCCCAUCGUCUUCUCCAACACCGCCGCAACAUCCACCCAUCAACACCUCAGCACCGACAUCGACGCCUCGGAUUUCACCUCCACAACAACAUCAACAUGUACUACUACUACAACUUCCCCAACAACACUCACACACCCUGACGAGCUAUAUGAUCACAUCGACAGUGUAGAGCACAUCAUCCUAAACCCUAUCAUCACAGAGAGCGAUGAUGACAACGACAACGAUGAUGACGAACGUAGUACGUCGUCAUCAAACGGCGGCGGAGGAGGUAGUAGCAAUAGUAGCAUGAUGAUGAUGGGGUGUAGUACAGCUGAUUAAAACUCAACCCUGGAAUUUAGGUGUAGUUGUCUAAUCCAAAAAUCUUAGUCACAAUAUCUUGAGUGAGUUGACUGGAUAGAGAAAUGGUUGCAUGUUUUGCAGUGCACCGCCGCCUCCUAUUUCCGCAUGCACGCCACCUCCUUUUGCGUUUUUAAUAAUUUAUUAAUGUGGUUUUUUUUUUUUUUUUUUUUUUUUUUUUUUUUUUUUUUUUUUUCAGGUGUUGUCUUAAUAAUUAAGCAAAAUCUUGUCUCGUAGUAGUGUUAUUGUGUUGUAAUUGUGUUAAUUUAGGGUAGGUUUUUUUUAGUUAUGAUGAUUUGUCCUAGGAAAAGAAAUUAAUUUAAUUGUAACUUUUGAUUAAGGUUUAAAGGUUUAUUUAUUUUUUAACAAGUAUAUGAUCGAUCUCUGUUGUUACUUAUAGUCAUUCGUGUUUUUGAUGAUUUAUUAUAUUGAUUGCCGUCCUCUAAUAAGUUUGUAAUAAGUUGAUUCUUGGUGUUUAUUCAUUAAUUCGACUGAUUUUGCACAUUAUAUUAACGUUUGCCAAAUUGGACGCUAAUGAUGGAGACGGUCCAAAUUAGAUUAUACGCGGCCUUGCCAUUAUCGGUGAACAACUAC